AUGGAGAAAGUGACACACUCUCUGCAGUACUUCUACACUGCAGUUACUCCAGGAAAAAAUGUCCCAGAAUUCACUGUUGUGUGUCUGGUGGAUGGACAGGAGUUUGAGUACUACGACAGUGACCUUAGGAACGCGACCCCAAAGACAGAGUGGAUACUGAAGAUCACUGUUGAUGAACCAGAUUACUGGAACAGACACACAGAACUUUAUCACUUUUGGCAGAAGAAUUUCAAAACCGGUCUGAAUAUGGUAAUGAAGGACUUUAAUCACACUACAGGAGUUCACACAGGACAGUGGAUGCUCGGCUGUGAGCUGGAUGAUGAUGGCACCACUAGAGGACACAUGCAGUUAGGAUAUGAUGGAGAAGAUUUCCUAAUUUUUUAUUUAAAAACUAAAUCCUGGAUUCCAGCCAAAUCUGGAGCUGUGAUCAGUGAUCAGUUUUGGGAUUAUAUUAAUGGUUUGACUACUGAGGGCCGGAAGAACUAUGUGAGCAUCACCUGUAUCCAGAGGAUAAAACAGUACGUGUCUUAUGGCAAAGAAACUCUGGAGAGGAAAGCUGGUCCUGAGGUGUUAGUGUUCCAGAGACACUCGUCUCCUUCUCUAGAGGUGGUGUGUCACGCUACAGGUUUCUUCCCCAAACCACUAAACAUCACCUGGCAGAAGGACGGAGAGGACGUGCAUGAGGACGUGGAGCUCAGAGAGACGUUACCCAACCAGGAUGGAAGCUUCCAGAAGAGAAUCAUUCUGAAAGUCCCAGCUGAGGAGAUGCAGAAACACAACUACACCUGCGUGGUUCAGCACAGCAGCUUGGAGAAGGAGUUAGUGCGAGAAGUACCAAAAGGUUUAACAGGUGAAGCACUGAUUGCUAUCAUCACUGCUGUAGUCGCGGCUCUCGUCGCUCUCGUCGCCGUUGUUGCUGGAAUUGUGGUCUGGAAGAAGAAGAACUCUGGUGAGAGAAUACACACCUUCACCUUCAACCAGUUUAUUUCUGCUGAACUGAGAGGGAGAUGAGGACCACAGCACACUGUGAUUGGACUAAAGCAAUGAGUUUAUGGUGUUCAAUCACCAAACAACACUUUUAAAGUGUAUUUAUUAUGUCCUAUUUGUAUAGACAGCUAUGUUAGAAAAGCUAUUACUGACUUGACCUUGUUAUGACCUUGGCAUUAUUAUUUGUUUAAGGUCAAAAGCUAAUCCGUUUAUUUGUUUUUAACAGUGGAAAUUCGUUUCGAAGUUCCAAUUGAACAGUGUCACAAUUUUUCUAUUCAUGUCCCUAUACACCAGGAAAAUGGACUUGAAUUGAAGCAGUCAAGUUAAGGAGUUUAUCAAAAAAAAAAUUGCAUUAUCCAAAAUUAAUUGGAGAAACUAACAUACAGGUGCAUCUCAGUAAAUUAGAACAUCAUUGAAUGUCAAUUCAUUUAAGCAAUUUAGUUUAAGAGGUGAAACUCAUAUAUAGAUUCAAUGCACACAGAAUGAAAUAUUUUAAGUGUUUAUUUUUUUUUUUUUUUGUUGGUUAUGGCAGCUACUGAAAAAACAAAAUUCAGUAUCUCAGAAAAUUAGAAUAAUAUGAAAAAGUUCAAUAUUGGAGACUCAUGGUGUCACACUCUAAUCUGCUAAUUAACUCAAAACACCUGUAAAGGUUUCCUGAGCCGUUAAAUGGUCUCUCUGACCAACAGAUCCCUGUAAAGUGUGUAAUGAAUAUUUACUGUACUGUACUGUUACUGUGUAAUAUGUGUGUGUUAUAAACUGUUUUAUAACCUCCAGCUUCCAACAAGUGAGAGAGAACCGUGUCAAGAUGAAUGUGAUCCAAUACUGGUUGAAUUUCAUGGUUUUAUUAAAGAAAGUUUAUUUCUAAUUUUCUGGAAGUUCUUUGAGGUAAUCAUUCAACCUUAUUCAGUGUUUUAUUUAAUGAGAUACAAACCUGGAGACAACACAUGGAUCUGUCCUCCAUGCUAUAAUGAAGCUGAUAUUAAAAUCAGGGUUAAUAACUUGGAGAGAGAUGUUUUUUUUCUCAGUAUAGUAUGGUGACACUUUAUUGGCCAUGAUAAAACCCAUUACAUAAACAUAGUUUCCCAGCAGCAGUUUGAGUAAUCUGGGCUAUUU